AUGAUAACUCCCCAGUCUGAUAUCCACGUAACUCUUCGCCAGAUUCCAGAAUGGCGCCAUAUUCCCAAUACAUCGAUCCAGUCCAAACCACUCAUGAUCUACCACGGAGCCUUCAAUGCUAGAUCUGCGGAGCUCGAGAGACACCUGGAAGAAGUGGCUGAAGUCAUACCGCAGUGGGUAUAUACCAUGUACAGCCAGACCCAUUUCCAUUCCACAACACACGAAGUACUCGGCGUUGUGUCGGGGAGCGCGCGUCUGUGUUUCGGCGGCGAGGAGAAUCCCGAGCGAUUCGAGCCGAGCGUUCAGCGCGGUGAUCUGAUUAUUGUUCCUGCAGGGGUUGGACAUCGGCUCCUGGAGGACCUGCGUGGGAACCAGGAGGAUUUCCAAAUGGUCGGCGCAUAUCCCCCUGGCAAGCAAUGGGACAUGUGCUAUGGGAAGCCAAAUGAGAAAGAAAAGGUGCAGAGCAUCAAUAAUGUGGCCUGGUUUCAACGUGACCCGCUGUAUGGUGUCGACGGACCUGCCCUGCAAGUGUAG